CUGUUCCAGUCAGGAGGAUUGGCAUUUGUGGAUUCCCAGUCCCAAUGAAAGGAUAAAAAAACCAAAUCAAAAGUAUCACCAAUGUCAUUAAAAAAGCCUAAAAUCCUAAAACCACAACUAUUUGGUCCUGCAAGUAUUAAUUAAAAAUACAGAAAAGUACUGAAAAUUGAGUAAAUAAGCACUUUAUCUUUAAAUAGGAAAGAGGGGAAAAAGUAAAACUAUUAACUUAUAGCACACUGAAAGUGUUUGCCUAUAGCUCUGUAUUGUGCUGUGACUUGGUCAUGCCUCAGGCCAGUUUCAUAUCAGAACAGCUCAAACAACACCUUAUAGGUGUUAAAAUGGCCCUUUUCUUUAUGGUAUCCGCCCUUCCCAAAUAUCAAAUAUUUCCUUUUAAACUUGAGGCUUGAUAAUUGUGAGAAUCAGCUCUGACUUACUUCGAACUAUCUAGCAAGGAAGGCGUUUCUUGGCUCAGAAGUUCUGGCUUAACUUCACUGAUGUUUUAUAUGGCCAGAGCAGUGUAAAAGACUUGAAAGAGAUGUAGCUGAUGGAGAAUAUGUGCCAACCUUUGAUGUAAGAGAGAACACUAUCAAGUCUUGCCUCCAGAUAUAUGCCUGCCCCCUUGAUGGCUCACACUUUUGAAACUACAGUAAACACAUGCACCAAAAAAUAUCUGACAUGCAAAACAGUGCACUGCCAUAUUUCUUGUUAGAAUCUGUGGGAAAUGUAGUGGACCAGUUAGAGUUGAGCAAAUACAAUGGUAACUAUCCACCAAUGACUUGGAUCUUACUUCUCACUCUGAGAAGUAACUCCAUGGGAUAUAAUCAGUAAAAAAAGAACCAUGUUUAAUUAGGCUGCAAGCUGUGAAAAGUCCUGAUCUUUCUUCAAACAGGCAUCUUCUCUUUAUUAGAUACUCAGUCAAUGUGUUUGUAACUAGUAGCAUCUAGAGAAAACAUGUUGUUAAAAUUGGUCUGAAAAUCAACCUGGAUCAGUCAAGCUUAAGUUAGGGGGGAAGUGUCCCCUCCUGAAGCCUUAGAAACCUCUUAGAGUUUUAGAAACUAUAGUUGUUCUAACUUCAUUCAAUGGUCACUUGCACUGACAUGUACACAGGACCCGUGACGCUUUCAGGACUAAUGGUCCUGCUAAGUGGUACUGACAGCAAAUAACAUUUAAUAUGUGCUGAAAGGAGGCACAAAUGGAGAAAGAUUACAGCUGAUGUUUUAAGAAGAAAUUAAGAGGUUAGUACAGAUAGUUGUGAUUCUAAAACUCAGAUUUUUUUUUUUUUUGGUGCUUGAAUUUCUACGCUUAAUACAGUUAUUCAGUUAGUUUCUGUCCUUUGUUCUUAGGUACAGCAUACAGAGGGACACAAAAAUCAUUAAACUUGAAAUUUUAUGGGCUGAGAGGAUUUUUCUACAUGGUCUGUGGGAAAAGACAUCACUGAGAAGUCAUCCAUUUGGAAAACUAUUUGCUGCUCUGUAACUUUUUCCCCCUUAUAUCUUUCUCUAGGUUUGCAACAAUGGUAAGGGAAGAUGUACAUGACAGUGAAGAUUCUGAACCAUCAGUAUGUGAGAGAAAUGGCAUGAUUCCUAUGCAUGAGCAAAGUGAGCAGGAACCAACAGCAGGUGCCAAAGGUACUGAUGGGAAUGCACAAACAGAAGAAACUGCUCUCUUAGACCACUGCACUCAGCAACCUCCAGAGCCAACAGCAGAGUCUUCAAUACCUGCAAGAACAUGGAGGCAAAUAUUUGCUUGUCCUCCUCAGGGUUUACUGGCCCAGACAGUGACAAAUGUUGCAUUUGUGGUUCUGGUUUGGGCUGUGGUUUGGUCCAUUACUGGGGCUGAGUGUCUCCCAGGUGGAAAUCUCUUUGGAAUUCUGUUUCUUUACUUCUUUGCUGUCAUCGGAGGUAAAAUUUUUGGAUUCAUUAAGAUAGGAACACUACCCCCUCUCCCUGCUCUUCUGGGGAUGCUACUUGCUGGUUUCCUAAUCCGAAAUACCCCGUUCAUCAGUGACUUUGUCCUGAUAAACCUGCGCUGGUCUGCAGCACUGAGGAACAUCGCUCUUUCCAUUAUCUUGACCCGAGCAGGACUCGGCCUGGAUCCAAAGGCUCUUAAGAAGCUCAAAGCUGUCUGUUUACGGCUUGCUUUCGGACCGUGCCUCUCAGAAACAGGCACAGCUGCUGUCCUUGCCUACUUGUUCCUGCAUUUGCCAUGGCAAUGGGGAUUUAUAUUAGGUUUUGUUUUAGGUGCAGUCUCCCCUGCUGUGGUGGUUCCCUCCAUGCUGAUUUUACAAGCUGGGGGAUAUGGGGUGGAGAAAGGUGUCCCAACUUUGCUAAUGGCAGCUGGCAGCAUUGAUGACAUUCUGGCUAUCACAGGCUUCAACACUUGCCUUGGGAUGGCUUUCUCUUCUGGUUCUACUCUGUACAAUGUGCUUCGUGGAGUGCUGGAGGUCACUGUUGGAAUAGCAGCUGGGGGAAUUCUGGGAAUGUUUAUUCGACAUUUCCCAAGCCAUGAUCAGGCAUCUUUGGCAUGGAAGAGAUCGUAUUUUAUACUUGGACUGUCCAUGUUUGCUGUUUUUGGCAGCAUCUACUUUGGCUUCCCUGGAUCAGGAGGACUUUGCACAUUAGUCUUAGCUUUUGUUGCAGGUGUGGGAUGGUCUGAUGAAAAGAGAGAAAUAGAAAAAAUUGUGGCAGUUGCAUGGAAUAUCUUUCAGCCUUUUCUUUUUGGUUUAAUUGGAGCAGAAGUAUCCAUUACAUCUCUUAGGCCUGAAACUGUUGGGCUCUGUGUUGCUAUAUUAGGCAUCGCCCUGGUUGUGCGGAUCAUAGCAACGUUCCUGAUGGUGUCCUUUGCUGGGUUUAAUUUCAAGGAGAAGGUAUUUGUCUCACUGGCAUGGAUUCCCAAAGCCACUGUCCAGGCUGCAAUAGGUUCUCUUGCCCUGGAUACAGCAAGACAACAUCAAGAUGAGCAAAAGGAAAAGUAUGGAAUGGAUGUACUGACAGUAGCUUUCUUGGCUAUCUUGAUCACUGCUCCAGUUGGAGCCCUGGUUAUUGGCUUGGCAGGGCCCAGACUUCUGCAGAAGGCUCAGACAAAGAGCAAGGAGGAUGAGGAAGGUGCAGAGGUUGGUGAAGAGGCAGAGGCCUGUGAACCUUCGUAAACAGACAACUGCAGCAGUCUGGUCCUUCAACCCUGACACUUCUGCUGUAUAAAGGUGGCAUGUCUGAUCUUGCUGAAGGAACCUAAAACUAUCAGUCACCCCUGCUAUUUUUAAAGCAGCCCUGGUGGAGUUCUAUAAAAUAGUUUUAUGUGAAGAUGGUGCCUUGAGAUGAAAUAGCUGAACAUACAGUGAAUAAGAUGACCUGGCAGUGAGUCACUGAGUCAAGACUGACUUGAAAUGUGUGGGUGGUGAGGCCAAGGAGAGGGUCAGAAUUGUUGAGGUGUGGAGUGGGGCAUGAGGUAGAAUAUAAGCCAAAAAAAAUGGAGACUAAUGUGAAUAACUUCUUGAUGGUUGAAACUGGGCUGUGAGAUGACAAGUUAUACAACUCAAAGAAAGCAACUUCAAAGUAAGUGGUUGUUGAUACAUAGUGAACAAGUCCUCCAUCAGUUAGUUAGUGAUUGGUGAUUGAUCAGUUGGUGAUUCCCUCUCCUUCCUCGGUUGUGUUCCAAAACUUGCCUUUCCCUAUUGCUGUUCUUCCUCACAGCUGAUGCACUCUUUUGUGCCUUCAAGGACUGUCAGCUCUGGUCAUACAGCAACUGGUACUUACAUGCUCAAAGAGACAGUUGGGGCCAUCAUAGACUGGUAAUAAAGAUGUUGGUGCCAGCAGAAAAAAGGACAGAGCCUGAAAAUGCGAUGAGGGUUGUGGGAUGGCUGUAAGGACUGGGGGAGGGUUGUACGGGAUUGGGAUGGCUGCUUCUUCACCUGUGUACCUCAGCCUUCACACAACAUGAUGUCAAGAGAGACAUGCUGUUCUACAGCCAGGAGUAACCUCUGUUGAUCAAAAUCCUACUCUUGCCUUUCAGGUUUGGUAUCACUUGACAGGUAACAGCAAAUCUGUCUGGCUCCAAGGAAGUUGUUGGUAACUCCAUUCUGAGGCACAGGGUCAGUACAGCAUCCCUCAAAAACUGGAAGUUACUGUGUUAUUUUUUGGAAAGGCUAUUAGAUUGUGCCUGUAACUGAGGUGGGCAACACUCUCCUGCAGAUUGCUACACUACAGUUCACUGAACUCAUUUUACUGCAUCCUGUGUAGAAUACAUUUGAUGGUGUCCAGGUUUUGGCAUUAGUAAGAACAAAUAAUUUCUAUUUUAGCUUUUAAAUUUUUAAUAUGCAAAACAAAAAAAAGUACAAAAAUACUUUUAUCUACUUAAAUACUUCUAAUGUUGACACUGUACUAUUUGCAGGUAAGCUCUAUAUGUAGCUAUACAGAUGAGCUGUAUAUGUAGCUGUACAUGCAUGCCUUUGUAUAAGCCUUACUCUCUAAGCAAAAAGAAAGCUUCCUGAGAAAUAGUUCAGUUUCAUUGCCUGCAGUUCCAGCACAAUGAUAAAAAUGUCAGGAAAUUUAUCUGUUAAGUUUUCCCCUAACAGUUAUCAAGUACAUUAUAUUUCUCUUAA